AAAAACCAAUCAUGCAAGUGUAUGGAAUCUUGGUUGUCCUGGCAACAGUCUGUCUGACCAGUGGUCAGCCGUUGAGCACCUCAGAGGAGUCUGAGCUGUCCUCAGCCCGGGGUGAGGUGGUCAGAAUGUGGCAUUUUGUCCGCGCUGUUAUGAGGAAUCUGCCUUCCGUGGCCGGUACAGUGCCAACUGAGCCCAGUUUUCGUGCCCGUGAUAGCAGCUUCUCUUUCAAAAACUGUGGCAACCCUGAAGAGGAGAUCAUCGUGGUGAGUGAUGUAUCCAUGAAGCCUGACCCGGUGUCCAUCCCUGGCAACGUCACUCUCUCUGGCAACGUGGAGAUCAAAGACAGAAUAGACGCACCUAUCAAUGUAGACCUGGAGCUGUACAAACAAUUGUUUGGACUAUGGGUGAAAAUCCCUUGUGUAGACAAUCUGGGUUCCUGCGUCUACGAAGACAUCUGUCAGACACUGAAGGAGAUUGAAUGCCCCGAGCAACUCAAGCGGUUGGGCUUCCCAUGUAAAUGUCCUAUUACACCG